AUGAGUCAAUCAUUGGAAGAAAGACUUCGAGCCAAUUCUAAUGCCUUUGAUGGUUUAUUAUCAUUAAUACCAGCAAAAUAUUACUAUGAUGAAAAGACACAAGACCAGUGGAAAGCGAAAAAGAAAAGUAAAAUGCAAAUGAAAGAGGACAAGUUGAAAAAGUUAGAUCCUGAGCAACAAAAUGAUGAAACUGGAACUGCUUUGGAUGUUUUGAAAAAAAGAGAAAAAUCGGCCAAACCUGUUAGAUUACCUGGUCAAGGUCUUAGAUCUUCCAGAAUUACUAUUACUUCAGAAGACAACAGCAAAGAAGGAGGAGAAGAAGAGGAAGAAGAAGAGGACGAAGAAGAUGUUGAAAAAGCACCAAUACAUGUACAGGUCGAGGAAUCUGAAGAUGUAAGUGACAAUGAAUCUAUUAAUAUUAUUUUUGAUGAUGAAGGCAAUGAAAUCGAACUGAAUAAUAAUCAAUCCAACAUAAAUAAAGCUAAUGAUGAUGAAGGUGGAGAUACGGAUAAAGAUAAAGAUAAAGAUAAGGAUAAGAAAGAUGAAUCUGAGAAUGAAGUAAAAUUACAAAAACAAAAGAAUUUGGAAUUGUUACGUGCAAAAUUACAAGCAAAAAUUCAGAAUAUGAGAAAUAAAAGAAAGGCACCAGGUACUAACGUUGAUGGUGCUCCUGUAUCUAGGGAAGCAAUUCUUUUACAAAGAAAACGCAAACAAGAGUUGAAACAACAGAGAAAGUUACAAGAUUUAGACAAUUCUGAUACUAAUUCGGAAUCUGAUACCGAUGAUGAAAAUGAUUUAGAUAUCGAAAGCGGCCCAAUGGCUAAAAAAUUAAAGAAAGAUACUAAAAACAAAGAAGAGGAUGAAGCUGCUAAUGCUGACGGUGUCAUGUAUCAAAGUAUUAUGUUUAAUGAUGGUGUGCGUACAACCUCGGAUUUACAAAGACUAAGAAAAUCUAAUCAAGGUAAGAAAAAGGGUCCAUCGAAACAUGAUUACAAAGCACAAUUGAAAAUCCUAGAACAACGGAAACAGAAAUUACAAUCAAAGGAUGAAUUAGAACAAAUCAAAACUAUAGAGAAGAACAAAUGGCAAAAAGCGAUGUUACAGGCUGAAGGUGUUAAACUAAAAGAUGAUGAAAAAUUGAUUAAAAAGGCAAUAAAGAGGAAAGAAGCUAAAAAGAGGAAAUCUGCUAUUGAAUGGAAUGAACGUAAAAGAGCUGUUGAAAUAAAUAAACAAGAAAGAGCCAAAAGAAGAGAAGAAAAUUUAAGGAUUCGUAAAGAAAAUAAAGGUGUUAAAAGAUCCAAACAACAAAAGAUGAAACGUAAAUUUAAAAGUAUUAUAACACCAAAGAAAAGAGCUGGGUUUGAGGGUCGUUUAAAAAGGAAAUAG